UUUUUUUGUCAAGGUAGACUCGGCGCGACAGGAGCUGGACGCGACCUUCUUGGACAGCUUCACCACAUAUAUGGUCGACUCGGAGCUCCACGCUGCCGCGGCGGAGGGAGACAUCAAGCGCUGCGCCACCCUGCUAGCCGGAGACUCGCCGCCGCUCCCCAACGCGCCCGACAGUGAGGGGAGGUCCGCCAUCUUCUACGCGCAAGUGCGGGGCCACGCCGGCGUUGCCAAGCUGCUGUCGACAAACGGGUGGACGCCAAUGCCCGAGCACAACCUGUGGCUCGGCGGUCCUGGGGGACGAGCGAUGUGGUGGUCUGCUGGCUCGUGGGCAGUGGCUCGUCCCAUUGCCGCCCAGCGCUCAAUCCCGUCUCAGCCGCAGAGCGGCCGGGCGAAGGCGUCCAAGCGGCUCGAGCGGCGCCUGUCUGGCCAUCGCAGCGGCCUCUCUGGCCGCUACGGGCCCUCGGGCCCUGCGCACCCUUGGUAUCGGCGCAAGACGGCCGGCGAGUCUGCCGCCGCUCGAGCAAACAAGAAGCCGGGGCUAAACGUGAGCGACGUGGCCGAAAUGCACAAGCGCACGGGCACGGAGCGACUCAUCGAGGCGCAACUUGACUUUCUGGCCAGGGCCGCCGCGCCGGCCUCCUGCGACGCGGCCGACGAGGGCGAGGGCGAGGCGGCGGCACCUCGCUCCAGCCGCACCGCCAUGCUGGGCGAGGUUGCCCGCGUCGUGGUCGCGAGGCGGCCCAUCUGGCUCGACGGCUCCUGGAAGGUCGUCGAGCCCGAGCCAGCCACCCGCGACGAGUCCGCCAUGCUCUGCGCGGGGCAGGAGCUGCUGCUCGGCGCCAUCUCGGAGGAGUUCGACGGCGAUGUUGAGUGGCCCGCGCUGGCCGCCGAGCGCGCGCCCUGGGGUUGGGUCGCGGGGCUGUGGCGACGCGCGCGGCCGUCGGCCUUGGCGGGGCGCCGGCGGUCUUUCGCCCAUCGGACGCGGCGGUGGCGGCGAGGGCGGCGCGGAUGGCAGUAGCGCCGGCGGCGGCAGCGGCUGCGGCGGCGCCGGCGGAGGGCGCGCCGGUGGCCGGCGAGGGCGCGCCGGCUCUCAGCGACUCUGCCGGGCUCAAGGACGCGCGCCACGUCGCUCGCGGCUCAAAGUGCAUGUCCCACGCGGCGGUGGAGAAGCGCGCGGCGGCCAAGGCGAAGCGGGAAGCCAGGUGAGAAAGUCUCACACCAGCCACCAGGCCGUCCUCGCGGUGUCAUGGUUUUCGUUUUGACGACAACACCACUGUCCGUGAACGGCGCGGGAUUGGUAUUGGGCGCGUUCACUGAUCUCUUGUUCUUGACGGACCACGCACCUCGCUCUCCUCCGUCCUCAAAGCUCGCCCCUCGGUCUCCGCGCGGCUCCCCCGUUCUUAGAGAUCUUACAUCUUAGCGUUUUUACGAC